AUGCUGGACAUGGGAGAUAGGAAAGAGGUGAAAAUGAUCCCCAAGUCCUCGUUCAGCAUCAACAGCCUGGUACCCGAGGCGGUCCAGAACGACAACCACCACGCGAGCCACGGCCACCACAACAGCCACCACCCCCAGCACCACCAUCACCACCAUCACCAUCACCACCAUCCGCCGCCGCCCGCCCCGCAACCGCCGCCGCCACCCCAGCAGCAGCAGCCGCCACCGCCACCCCCGGCACCGCAGCCCCCCCAGGCGCGGGGCGCCCCGGCCGCCGACGACGACAAGGGCCCCCAACAGCUGUUGCUCCCGCCGCCGCCGCCGCCGCCGCCGGCCGCCGCCCUGGACGGGGCCAAAGCGGACGGGUUGGGCGGCAAGGGCGAGCCGGGCGGCGGGCCCGGGGAGCUGGCGCCCGUCGGGCCGGACGAGAAGGAGAAGGGCGCCGGCGCUGGGGGGGAGGAGAAGAAGGGGGCGGGCGAGGGCGGCAAGGACGGGGAGGGGGGCAAGGAGGGCGAGAAGAAGAAUGGCAAGUACGAGAAGCCACCGUUCAGCUACAACGCGCUCAUCAUGAUGGCCAUCCGGCAGAGCCCGGAGAAGCGGCUCACGCUCAAUGGCAUCUACGAGUUCAUCAUGAAGAACUUCCCCUACUACCGCGAGAACAAGCAGGGCUGGCAGAACUCCAUCCGCCACAACCUGUCCCUCAACAAGUGCUUCGUGAAGGUGCCGCGCCACUACGACGACCCGGGCAAGGGCAACUACUGGAUGCUGGACCCGUCGAGCGACGACGUGUUCAUCGGCGGCACCACCGGCAAGCUGCGGCGCCGCUCCACCACGUCGCGGGCCAAGCUGGCCUUCAAACGCGGGGCGCGCCUCACCUCCACGGGCCUCACCUUCAUGGACCGCGCCGGCUCCCUCUACUGGCCCAUGUCGCCCUUCCUGUCUCUGCACCACCCCCGCGCCAGCAGCACUUUGAGUUACAACGGCACCACGUCUGCCUACCCCAGCCACCCCAUGCCCUACAGCUCCGUGUUGACUCAGAACUCGCUGGGCAACAACCACUCCUUCUCCACAGCCAAUGGCCUGAGUGUGGACCGGCUGGUCAACGGGGAGAUCCCGUACGCCACUCACCACCUCACGGCCGCCGCGCUCGCCGCCUCGGUGCCCUGCGGCCUGUCGGUGCCCUGCUCCGGGACCUACUCCCUCAACCCCUGCUCCGUCAACCUGCUUGCGGGCCAGACCAGUUACUUUUUCCCCCACGUCCCGCACCCGUCAAUGACUUCGCAGAGCAGCACGUCCAUGAGCGCCCGGGCUGCGUCUUCCUCCACGUCGCCGCAGGCCCCCUCGACCCUGCCCUGUGAGUCUUUAAGACCCUCUUUGCCAAGUUUUACGACGGGACUGUCCGGGGGACUGUCUGAUUAUUUCACACAUCAAAAUCAGGGGUCUUCUUCCAACCCUUUAAUACAUUAA